AAUACAAAAUCUGUAAACACUCGUUUUCAGUCCCUCAAGUUAAUAUAAAACACAAUAAAUUUUUUUGCGUGUAAAUAUUAGUCAGACGCCAACUAGCUACACUACAGAAACAUAUCGUAGCCUACCAACUAGCAGAUUUCACAUUCCUCCUCUUAAAAAACUAGUCAAUUCUGUUCGAAAACUUCCCCGGCCAAUCAGCAGCGAGCUUUCACGUUCUAACUCCGCCCUAUUCAUACUCUUUUCUUCACAGCAGUGAGCUGUGUGCAAGACCGUCGCAUAUGAUUCAGUCCACAUCAUCUUCAUCAUCAUGAACCGAUUAAUAGCUGACGUGAUGGUUGUAGCGUCUCAAAAUGGUUAGGUGGGGAAGUAUUAUUCGGGGGUGUAAAUUAAGACCUUGAAAGUAUGCCUUUGUUACAUGUGCCUCCGAGCGAAAGUUGAGUUGCCUCCGUACUGCAUUUUCGUGAGCUGCAAAGAUACAUUGUUACGGACUCUGAAUUUUAAGCGUCGGCUCUGGUGCUGCUCAUGUCGCACAGCGCUCAUGCUGCAUUGACAGUCGGUACACUGGCAAGAGGCGAGCAGUGAGCCCUCCCGUUCACCGGCGACCACAGUGUCUGCCUCGAAACCGAUUUUGCGCGCACAAUGGCCGGACGCCGCGGUUGUGUGAAUUCGCUAUGGUCAGGGAGCGAGCGGGUUCGUAUCGGAGAGCGGCUGAAAGCCACUCUAGCCGGCAUAAUGGAGCUGGACCUUCUCAGAGGACGACAGCUGGAGAUGGUGGAUGCGGUACUGGACGUGAAUGGAGCGCCCGCUCACCAGGGGGAAGGACAGGAAAGCGCCGCCGAGGAUGGUGCCGCAACCUCCCACAGGCAACAGUGCCUGUCCCCUGCAAACCCUGAUCUGUCUUGCCUCGGCACUACAGGAGAGGGGAUAAGCUCACGCUGGUCCACGUUGUCCUGGGACAUCCCGUCUGAUCUGCUGUCUUCUCAAACCCCAGACUUCCCUGGCACCACACCGCUUGACUGCGACUCUAGACCCAGCUCAGGUUUUUACUCAGUCAGUGGGAGUUCUCUGUCAGACUCUUGUUACUCUGUAUCCAGCGAGGCGGCUCCUGGAGGGUCAGUGAAAGUCAGCUGUAGGCCUCGCUCACUGGAUCAUAGUGCCACUCAUUGGAGGGAGGUUGAAUCUCUUAGUACAGAGUGUCCUGAGGGCACAGUGGAGAAACAAGAAAGAAGGCCCUUUUCUACUGGGGAUCUUGAGCUCAAUAGCCUCGUGUUCCUGACAGACCUUUGUUCCAGUUUGGUAGGGAUUCAUCCAGGCUCUCUUUUACCUUCUUCCAACUCCAGUCCACAGCUUCAGCUGGAUCCCAAGUUUUGCUCUGACCUAGUUUCUCGGAAGACAAAAGAGGUGUACCCUUACCCUAGUCCACUCCAUGCUGUGGCCCUCCAGAGCCCCCUGUUCACAACCUGCCAGGAACCAUCCCCCACCCGCCUCUCGCCCAGUCCAGAGAGUGAACAGCCUGAGGAGCCAGGGCUCGAUCAACCUCCUGUGAAGAACCAGCCUCCAGCCUCUCCUUCCUUUACUCAGCUGGAGAAAUACAUCAACAGAUUAGUCCAUCAGCAUCACUGCAGGGUGGCUGCUGAAACUUCCAGUCGUGGACACCAAAUAAACAUUGCAGGUGCUGGUUAUGAGGGACUCCACCCAAGAAGUGCUUCCUCCUCCAGCCUGUCUGGAGGUAGUGUGACUCCUUGUAAGUCUAUCCUGGGCAAUUCAGCGAGAGUCAGCCUCAGCAGUAUUGGUAAACAUGCAAGUCGCAAUUCCUAUCAACCUCGGAAACUUGCCCUCCGUGACGGGGGAGGAUUUCAACAUCAGCUUCCAUUUGAAUCUGAAUUUGAACCUAAAUCCGAAUCUGAACAAGACUUUGAGUUUUGAUGCUAAAAAUGUGAAAGAGGAGGUCUCAGGAUCAUGUGGGCAUCUCUCCGCCAACAUAGUCACUCCAACUGCUUCCCCUUCCUCUUCGACGUCUACCAUCACCAGCACUCCAAACUGGAGC